ACGUUUUUAACGAAAAAUAUGAAAGGAAAAAAAAAACGCUUCGCAAUUAGCAAUAGAUGCUGUGCAGUUUUGCGUUUUGUUUACGCUGUCGUUUCUGCUGCUAGGCUGCAGACGUGCUUACGUCAUGAUCUGUCAUGCGCGUUUCGUCCCACGAGAGAGCCGGGAGGGAAGGGAGACGGAGUUUGGGGAAACGGCUGGAAACAUACGGUGUCCUUGCCGCUCAUGCCUCGGGUCUUCGUUUACGGCACCCUGAAACGGGGUCAGCCCAACCACUACCGCAUGUUGGACGCCACCAACGGGAAGGCGGAGUUCCUCGCCACAGCGCUCACCACCCAGAGGUACCCGCUGGUCAUCGCCACCGAGUACAACAUCCCCUUCCUCCUGAACCUCCCCGGUCAGGGUCAGCGAGUCCGGGGGGAGAUCUACGAGGUGGACGAGCGGAUGCUGGCGUUCCUGGACGCCUUCGAGAGCGUCCCCAGCAUGUACCAGAGGACGGUGGUGGACCUGGAGGUGGAGGACGGCGGGGCGGAGCUGCCUCCCGGAAGCAUCACGCAGGUGUUUGUGUACAGCACCACUUCCUACCAGCCAGACUGGCCGUCGGGGCGCAGCUUCCAAAGCUACGACACCCACAGCGACCACGGCCUGCCGUACGUUUACAGAGAGGCGCGGGACUGACGCGGCCCUCUGGGGUCACGAGGUCAGGACGUCUGGAGAAGAUCGCCACCUGACCAUUCCUCAGAUCCCACGUGGAUCAGAUCCACAAUCCAGAACAUGCAGGAGAGUUUAGAGCAACGGAAUUCCUCAUUAGAUUCUAUAUUUUUACCCACAAUGCACUUGUAAAGGUUUAUAAUCAAAAACAAACCACUUCUGAUGCUGCUGGACUAAAACUUUUUCACAUUUUUAAUAAUAGUCAAAUGAAAUUCAUUAAUUUAGAACAUUUCUGUCAGUGUAAAGAUAUUUUAGUGACUGAAUGAAUUCUCUCUAUGCAAACCGUUAAAUUUCAUAUUUAUUUAAUUAAUUUUUCUAUGUUUUUUUCAUUUGAUUCGAAAUGGUUUAUUUCAAGCAAUCAAAUAGGAAUAAUACACAGAAACAAUACAAUCAUCAGUUAUACAUUCGUACAAUAACUAAUCAAACUUUGGAUAAUUAGACAUAUUAAUAAAUAUAUCUUGAAAGGGAGUGGAGAGCAGCGAAUUUAUAU